GCUGAGGGCCCGUGGCAUUUUGCCGACUUGCUACUAUGUAGUUACGUCACUGCCGGUAUGUAUGUUUUUACUUAUGUGUCUCUGCGGAUUAUACGUCAAUUAAAAAUAUAAAAAGCCAGAAGUCCCAUACAAAUUUUAUCGAAAUCGAAUCUGCAGUUUCUUUUUAUAAGAAUAUAACUCCAAGAAUUCUCAUAAGUAAUAAUUAUAAGUCGUUUUACCGCGACUUCACCCGCGUAAAUAAUAGUCUAUGCCUCCCGUGUAUAAAGUAGCUUCCCGUAGUAGAAAUAAUUUGAAAAAUCGAUGCAGUAGUUUCGGAGGCUAUUCAAUGCCAAUAAACAUUCGAAGUUUUCCUCCUUAUAAUAUUAGUAUAGAUAAAUGCCAGUCUCAUAAUUUGUACGUUAUAAAAUACCAAGGUUUUUAUCAGGUUUGCCUUGGAAAUUAAUUUUUUUAAUGCCCCUCAGGCCUAUGUGUAAUAAUAACACCAUUAUCUUGGGAAUGAUACCACCACCCUUGACAUUGAAUUUAAACUAUAUUUAAUGAGUUAUGGGAGAAUUUUCUUGAUUACAUAGCUACUAGUCAGUCAUAGGCACGUAAAUAUCGUCGAGUGUCUUUAAUAAACUGAUGAACAAAAAAAGCUAAUCCAAGCAGCUAAGUAGUACGCACUUGACUGUCAACAUUUAUGUCAAGGCACUUGUGUGUUUUUAAAUGUAUUACAUUUAAUACAGUUACAUUAAAACAUUACAGUGGAAUAAAGAUAAACCCUGUGUAUAUAAACACGAUGAUAUUAAUAAUUGUGUUAUUUUUAGUACUUUCAAGGACAAUCGACUUAAAUACAAAAGUGUUUACGGUGAACAGUACAGUGUCAUUUGUGUCACGAGCAAUUUGUGGGAGAACUGUGCCUGUAACUUUAAACAGAAGGAAUAUCAUAGAACACUCGCCUUUGCCACCUGAACAUUCCAUAUCACAAUUUAUAAAAAUAAUUUCCGUGGGAAACGAUCAAUUGAAAAGGUUUCUUACAUCUCCCGAGUCUCAGGUGCUAAAUAAGAUGACAUCGGAGGAAUCAAACAAGGAUUUAAGCGAUUCCUCGGUUACCGAAAUUGAUAAAGGCAGAAUAACAUUUGUUGAUGACGACAUACCGAAAGGAGUGGGAUCCUCUAAAGUGAAUCGUGAUUCUCUUACCUCAAGGUUAUUGAAUGAGAAAGAUACAGCCAAAGAUAAGAAACCUGAUUUUGAGAGCAAUAACGGCAAGAUAACUUUCGUGGAUGAUGAUAAAACAGAAAUUCCGAAGUUUAAAUUGCGUCACUCGAUCAAUGCAGAGGAACCACCGAUUACCCAGGACAUUAAUAGUACAAUGACCACACGCACAUAUUUAGACGAUCGUACUGCUUUAGAAGGUGACCAAUGCCCAACGGGGUUUAAAAGGGUACAUGGGGUAUGUGUUGAAAUAGAUAAUUAGUCACACAUCUACUUUGUAAUAAAAUAAAGUCUAUCUUCUAAAUAUGAAACACUAAAGUAACAGUGUCAAUUAUUUUCCUAUCCUACCUAUUAGUUUUAUGUAUUUUUAAGUAAUUACUACGUAUAUAUAUAUAUAAAUAAAAAAAUGACUAAAAAACGUAAAAAAUAAUACUUAUCUUUCUAUUGAAGUUGGGCGGAGAUGUUGUAUCGAAAAUAUCACUGAGUAAAACGAAAGUCAUUAUUCUCGUCUCGAUCAUAUAGAAUGUUAAACAAACCUACAUAUUUUUGAUACAUGGAUAAUAAGUAAAUUCUUAUAAUUUGAUAAGUUUUCAAAGGUUUUCAUAGAUUAAUUUUAUAUAUAAGCUAAACUAAGAUUAUAAGUUUAUCACAAUUAAGGUAAUCUAAGUUAGUAUGUAUCAGGGUUGUUGCGAAUAUAAGCAUAAGCUUCCGCUAAUUAUCAGCAUUGUUUUCAAUGUAAUGCAACGAUCGAAGCUGUCAAUUAUUAAAUACUAGCUUCGCCCGCGUUAGGUGAUUGGCUACUUGACUGUUUUGAGAAAAGUAUUUUUAAUCUUUCAUAUCAAUUUAACCACCAUCAGACUUAUUUUUCUCCAAGAAGUGUUAUCAUAUAAUUUUUAUCAUUAAUAAUUUGAAUGGUCCCGCGAAAACAGUCACGUGAUGUUUCAAUCGCGCCCCAGGUCUCCUGUCUUGGGGGACCUCUAAAGGCUCUGGUUCUCUUUGUUUUAACGAAACGAAAUAAUAUAUAAUUAUUGCAGCUAACACAAAAUAAAAUAAAAUAUUUUUGACAUUUUAUCUGGAAUGAAAGCGCCUUGUGCGCCGAUGGCGUUCGCUAGUAAAUAUGGCUUCCUAUAUGAUUCCUCUAUGGGCUUCCUGUUGACGAUUUUAGUUUGAUGAGGUUUGUAUAUUUACCAUGGACUUAGUACUUAUAACUCCGAAAAAAUAUAAUUAGAAAAAUGAACCUUAUGUCUUUACUUUAAAGUAAUCUUUUAAUUGCUCGUUGUAUAGAAGCUAAUCCGAAUCAAGAAAGAUAGUCAUAACGGAGGCCAUGCGUUUCGUUCUUUCAUCUUGCCAUUAUUUAUAUAACAGGGAUAUUGCCAUAUAUAUAUACCUAUUUUGUCUAAUUGAAUAUAUUUUGAUGAUUUAGUUAUAUGCAAUCUCAUGAAACACUUGCGAUUCUCCGAUAUAUGUAUUUUGCGAUACAUAUUAUAAGUGCACGCGAUAUCGCUCGUCGAUAUCGAUAUCGAAUUGCACGGAAAGCCUAAUAAGUACUAUACUCUAUUCAUUAUAACAUUAGAAAAAAGAGGGUCAUAGAAGCAGCAGUGCAGAACAUUUUAAUUUCAAGAUAAAUUUAAAAAAUAUAUAUUAGCUUUGUUGAAACUUUGAAC